UCCUCCAUCUUACCGCCAGAAGGACGCCAGACUUCAGACAGACAUGCUGCCGUCCACAGCUGCGACUCUGAGCGUGGGCGCUCUGCUGAUCUGCUCCGCACUCAUCCAGUGUUCAGUGUUCUUGGAUCAGCCGACGGCCGGUCAGAUCCUGCGCUCCUCCUCCAGGAGGCGUCGGGCCAAUUCACACCUCCUGGAGGAGAUGCUGCCCGGAAACCUGGAGCGGGAGUGUUAUGAGGAGCGCUGCUCGCUGGAGGAGGCCACCGAGAUCUUCCAAACCCAGGAGAAGACGAUGGAGUUUUGGUACAAGUACACACAUCUGAACCCCUGUCGGACCAACCCCUGUCUGAACGGAGGCAUCUGCACUCUGGACCGAGGAGACUUCGUGUGUCUUUGCCCUCCCCAGUACCAGGGCAAGAUCUGUGACUCAGUGGUGUUGGAGUGCCGCUAUAGAAAUGGUGGCUGUAUGCAGUACUGCAGAGACCUGAUAGGUGGCGCUGGAGUUCAGUGUGGCUGUGCUGACGGAUACAUCCUGGAGACUGAUGGACAAAGCUGCUCCAAGACUGCGGAGUUCCCCUGCGGCCGUCAGCAGAUGGAGGCAUUGUACCGAGGCCGCUCUCUUUUGAGGUCUGUCAACAUCACCGUGGAGACAGAUGAGGCCAUGCUGGAUAACGUCACAGACAGCUGGCUCCCUGAACUUAAUACAACGGUGGCAACGGAGGAGCCGGGGACAGUGAAUGCAUCAUCUGGAUGGAGAGGAGGCAACCUGACAGACCUCACGGGGGAAGCAGGAGGUGAUGUCAUAGCUCCUCGUAUUGUGAGUGGACUCCUGGAGAAGCGAGGAGGCAGCCCCUGGCAGGUUCUGAUCCGCAGGUCUGAUGGCUUCGGUUUCUGUGGAGGAGCUCUGGUUUCUGAUCGCUGGGUUGUUUCUGCUGCUCACUGCUUUGAAGAGGCAGCGGACCACGUUACGAUAGGGGACUAUGAUAAGCAGCGUCCUGAUCCAGGAGAGCAGCAAAUAAAGAUCCAGAAGGUCAUUGUUCAUCCUCACUUCCAUGAAUUCACCUUCGACAGUGACCUCGCCCUGCUCUAUCUGGCCCGGCCUGCUCUGAGGGGCCCCACCGCAGUCCCUGCCUGCCUGCCUGACACCCACCUUGCAAAACACCUGCUGAAGGAGGAUAACCACGGGGUGGUGACGGGCUGGGGUGCCACCAAGUACCUGGGCCAUUCCUCAAGGUUCCUGAGGAAGGUGACGCUCCCGGUGGUCAGCUACAAGGACUGCAUCAGCACCACUGAACAGGUAAUCACGGACAACAUGUUCUGUGCAGGUUACCUGGAGGCCAGCAAGGACGCCUGCAGCGGAGACAGUGGGGGGCCAUUUGUAGUAAACUACAGGGGGACCUGGUUUCUGACCGGAGUCGUCAGCUGGGGAGAGAAAUGCGCCGCAAAGGGGAAGUACGGCGUCUACACCCGACUGGGCAACUUCCUGAACUGGAUCCGGGACACCAUGGAGAGACGGGACCUGAACGGCACAGAGAGCCGGUAAAGCCAGGGAGCCGAGCGUGCCCAGUUUCAGGCUCCGUUCGUGGGACCGGACAGACAAAGUGCCGCAGAGGAUUAUGGGAAAAACAAACCUCAAAUCUAUGAAGUCUGAGCUGCUGCCCAAAAACGGGCUCUGAACUGAGCAAUGCACCAGGUCUGCUUCACUGCUGCCACAGUAAACACAAUAAAUCUUUUAUCUUUUUAAAUAAAAAAAAACGUAUUAUCUUACCUUUAUUUGAAGAUGAAGUCCAUGCGCCUAUCCUUCUCCCUAUGGGGCAGCACCGCUGCAGCACUGCCCCCUAUCGGUGCGGCACGGUACUUCCUCCCCCUGUGUAUUUUCACCCUGCAGUUAUGACCGAUCACAAACAAUAAACAAACCACACAUAUUCAUUCAGUAUGUUAGACAGACUGUGGAACAUCAGCAUGUGUAGCUCAUGUGUGAUCAAACAUGUAUAUUGGCGACAGCAGUGGGCAUGCGCUAAACGCCUCCUUCAUUUAUUGUAUGUGACACAGCGCCACCAGAGGUGAGCCACAGCACUGCACUGGUUGACCCUGCAUUUCUUCCAUGUGUUUGAACAGGCGAUGCAUAAAUCCGCGAUUUGGACCAUUACAGUGUUGAAAUAAUUCAGAAAACAGAUUUAUAAAACAUUCAAGUGGUCAAAUGUAUUUUCUCUUAUCAUUGUUAGUAUUUUACUUGUCAACAUGACGGGAGGCACUGCCUCCCCUGACCGCAUGUCAC